AUGGCACCUCAAGCAUUGACUCGUCGCGACAAGACGCCUGGAGUUGGACUUCAGGCUGCGCUCGCUGCUGCAUCCAACCAGGGCAAGCCAGCCGCUAUCCCUAGCCCUCCGGAGACUGCAGACGAAGUAAAGGAAGUGUGUGACUCCUUCACUUUGGACUCAUUCACGGCAGAGGAUGCAUGGGAGCUUGGUCACCUGCUAUAUGCGAGACUCCUUCCAUUUUCGUCGCAGAAGCCCACUUUGAUAUCCAUCUCUUUGGCCAAUAGCAGCCAGGUCCUCUUCCAAUGUGCUGUUGGAUCUGGUACCAUGCCGGAUAAUGAACUCUGGGUACAGAGGAAGCGCAACAGUGUGCUAAGAUUUGGUUCCAGCACCUGGCUGCUACACUGCAAGUACAACGCGGACGAAGAGGCAUUCCGAGCCAAGUUUGGCAUGAGCCAGGAGCAGGCGAGCAAGUAUGCUAUCCAUGGCGGCGCUGUUCCUAUUAAGGUCAAGGGUGUAGAGGGAAUUGUUGCUGUUGUUGUAGUUUCGGGUCUGAAGCAGCACGAAGAUCAUGGAGUAAUCGUGGACGUGAUCAGGAACAACUGGCACUGA